GGUUUAAGAAAAUACGAUAAAUUUAUUAUGUAUAAUAUAAUUCGCUCGUAAAAUUCCAAUAAUGUCGUAAAAGUACCACAAUGUUUUUCCAUGUAUUGUUGUUAACAGGCUCUCCAUUAUAUGUUUUCGGAUUUGGGAUACAGUUAGAAGGUCUCAUAGAUUUGGGUCCGAAAUGGAAUUACAAAUAUAAACUCUAUCCUAUAGGAACUAAAGAAUUUGAUGACAUAAAGAAAACUUAUUUGGAGGGCAGAAAAGACAAUGAUGACAAAAGUAUAAGUACGGAAAAUGAAAAACGCGUCAAUGUAAUGCUGAGCGACCUCAAAUUAGAUAAAAGGGGAUUGGAGAUUGAAAUGGAACCGGAUAUUAGGACACCAGGUUUAGUGACGAAAUAUGACAGAAGCCAAACAAAACAACUGAAUGUUGACGAAAAUAUACACCAAAAACAUGAUAAUGGUACCGAAAUUGAUACAUUUAAAGAAAAGUUACAAGACUUUCUAAAGCACAUCAUAGAAAAAGCUGUGAAAGUAUGGGACGACAUCGUCAGGAUCGUAGACGACGAGAAACUCCAGCGAAAGGUCAGAGAAAUGAAGAAGAGUUACAUCCAACAAUUCGGAGGAUUCGUGAAACAAUCAGAGAAUCACAAGCUGAAGACGAAACUGAGCUCGCAGAAAUUCAUUCUGAACACGAUAGACACAUCCAACCGAAUCAUGCAGCGGCUGGUCAACUACUUGGCGACAGACAACAAUCUCGCCAAGACACUGAACAUUUUCCAACUGGAGAUAGAUAGGGAGAAACAGCUGGAGUAUCUGUUCGCUUGCAAGAAGUUCGGCGUGUGUCGCAACAGGAAGGAGUUCAGCGAUCUACUGAUUCAGAUCCUUGAUAUAAUACUGCAGGCCGAUAAUUUUAAACUGCAACAAGCAGCGAACGCUCUCACCGAGUCUGUCAAAUCGGCUGAUUUCACUCCAACCAUAGAUGACUACACUCAGAAAGAAUUACGUAAAUUGAUUCAACGCAUCGAGCUGUGGGGUCCAUUCGAACUGAGGGCGAUGUUUUUCGUAUUGAAAAAUGUAUUGGAGCACAAAAACGAGCCCUUCAUAGUAUUUCACAAUAAAGACUUACAGAUCAUAAAUAAAACUACAGCGUUCCAGGAAAUUAUCGACACGUUAAAUAAAAACGUACUAUUAUCUGAUAAUGCGGCGCAAUUUGAUGAAGUCACAGUUAAGUUAACAAAAUGGAGAGAAGGAUCUGGAAGCGAGGUUCAGUGUGCCUUCGAGUCUCUGGUGAAAAUGAUCAAAAAUGGUUUAGAAAAACUUGAUUCGAAAACAGCUGAAGACGUUGACAAAAACUUUAAACUUCUUUUAAAGCCUCUCAGAAUAUAAUUGCCUACAUUCUUAGUCUAAGCAAAAUAUUAAUAAAACAAUAAAAUAUUUAGCUGACACAA